GUGAUAGCGGGAGGAGGGCCAGUGCUCAGUGUGGGGCUGUGGGAGGCGGGAGAGGCUGUGUGUGUGUGGGGAGGAUUCAGCGCAUAUAUAGAUAUAUCGCCCUCCGCGUGUUUACCUGUCACUGAUUCCACCCCCGCGCCACUGUGUAUGUUGUUGUAAAAGCAGGACGGGGACACGAUGUCCGGGAAAAAGACGGUCAAACGAUCCAACAAGUCGCCCGACCAGAAGAAGCAGCCGGAAGAAAGCAAGAGAGUAAAAAUCUCCCAUUCCUCCCACAAAAAUAUCCCGGGGAUCGUGCUGACACUGGGCCAGGGUGACGUGGGCCAACUGGGGCUUGGGGAGAAUGUGUUGGUGCGGAAGAAACCAGCCUUCGUCAAAUUGCUGCCGGAGAAGAUUACUCAGGCUGAAGCCGGGGGGAUGCACACCGUGUGCUUGAGUGUCACUGGGAAUGUUUACACUUUUGGCUGCAAUGAUGACGGUGCCCUUGGACGAGAAACAUCGGAGGAGGGAUCAGAAAUGGUCCCAGAAAGAGUCAUCCUGAACGAGCACGUGGUUCAGGUUUCUGCUGGAGACAGUCACACAGCAGCUCUCACGGACAUCGGUGAAGUCUACAUCUGGGGCUCAUUCAGGGAUAACACUGGGAUAAUAGGAUUGCUGGAACCAAUGAAGAAGAGCUGCCUGCCUCUGAAAAUCCCGCUCGAUGUUGCUAUAGUUAAGAUAUCAUCAGGUAAUGACCAUCUGGCCAUGCUGUCUAUUGAUGGUGACAUUUAUACCUCGGGUAGUGGAGAUCAGGGACAACUGGGGAGAGUGGCAGAGUGCUUCACAAACCGCGGAGGAAGACGAGGUUUAGACCGUCUCCUGAUUCCAAAAAGCCUGUACCUGAGAGCCAAAGGUGGCGGACGGGUGACAUUUCGGGAUGUUUUCUGUGGAGCUUAUUUGACAUUCGCCAUCUCAAAGGAAGGACACGUGUACGGUUUCGGGCUCUCGAACUACCACCAGUUGGGAACACCAAGCCCAACACUCUGCUUUGUAGCCCAGAAGCUGACAGCAUUCAAGAACUCUGCAAAGUCUUGGGUCAAAUUCUCUGGUGGCUUACAUCAUACAAUCUGCUUGGACUCAGAAGGCAACGUGUACAGUCUGGGGCGAUCGGAGUACGGCCGGCUGGGCUUGGGAGAGGACACCACUGAGAGGAGCAAGCCAUCCCUCGUCCCUGGUCUGUCUGACGUGAAGUCAGUGUGUUGUGGGACUGCCGUUAGUUACGCUGUCACUAAGGAUGGGCAGGCCUACGCCUGGGGGAUGGGAACAAACUUCCAGCUGAGUACAAGUGAGGAGGAGGACGUGUGGAGCCCAAUCGAAAUGUCAGGCCAGCAACUGGCGAGCAGGGAAGUGCUGUCCAUCUCCAGCGGGGGCCAACACACUGUGCUGCUUGUUCAAGAAAAGCAACACAGCUGAUAACGUGAGGCCACCUGACAUGCUGUUGCCAAAACCACCAGAGACUGAGCCUUGUGCCUUUUCAGCUCCGUAACUCAAAGCUCAGCUAUUGCAAAGGGGGAAAGCAUUUGUCUUCUAAUUGGGUUUGGAAUACAAAUUGAUCCUCGUAUGUAAAUUUUCUGACGUUAUUUCUCCCCCCCAUUCCCUCCCGCCCCGCCCUCCUGUUCAGAUGAUUUUAUUUUCUUCGCCAGUAGAGUUAAUUCAUUUUGUUGUAUUAAUGAGCACGAACAUUUCAGCUUUGUCCCCACGUUGUGUUGCUCCAGAUUUAAUUUUGAAUGUUCGAUGCUGUAGAGUCGUGGUGCUCGUUUACAUGGGCUGGGGGAGUGAGGG